CUGUGGAGAGGCUGGUGGCGGGAGCCGCGAUGGGCAGGAUGCGGCUGCGGCUCCUGGUGGCCGUACUCUGCACUGGGAUCCUCGCAGGAGCACCCCAGGCACGGGCCCAGCGCCGGGAGAGAGUGACCUGCACGCGCCUCUACGCCGCUGAUAUCGUCUUCCUGCUGGACGGCUCCUCGUCCAUCGGCCGCAACAACUUCCGCGAAGUGCGGGGAUUCCUUGAGGGGCUGGUGCAGCCCUUCGUGGGGGCGGCCAGUGCGCAGGGCGUGCGCUUCGCUGUCGUGCAGUACAGCGACGACCCACGGACCGAGUUCGGCCUGGAUGCACUGGGCUCAGGGAGUGAUGUGAUCCGUGCCGUCCGGGAGCUCAGCUACAAGGGGGGCAAUACACGCACGGGCGCCGCGAUUCUCCACGUGGCCGACCACGUCUUCCUGCCCCAGCUGGCCCGACCUGGCGUCCCCAAGGUGUGCAUCCUCAUCACAGACGGGAAGUCCCAGGACCUGGUGGACGCAGCUGCCCAGAGGCUGAAGGGCCAAGGAGUCAGGCUGUUUGCCGUGGGGAUCAAGAACGCCGACCCCGAGGAGCUGAAGCGAGUCGCCUCUCAGCCCACCAGCGACUUCUUCUUCUUCGUCAAUGACUUCACCAUCCUGCGGACCCUGCUGCCCCUCGUGUCCCGGAGAGUGUGCACCACUGCCGGCGGCGUGCCUGUGGCCCUGCCCUCUGGUGGCACGCCCUCUGGCCCCCGAGACCUGGUGCUGUCUGAGCCCGGCAGCCAGUCCCUGAGAGCACAGUGGACAGCGGCCAGUGGCCCUGUGACCGGCUACAGGGUCCAGUACACUCCUCUGACAGCGCUGGGGCAGCCCUUGCCAGGCGGACAGCAAGAGGUGAGCGUCCCAGCUGGGGAGACCAGCGUACGGCUGCAGGGUCUCCACCCACUGACGGAGUAUGAAGUGACCGUGGUCGCCCUCUACGCCAACAGCAUCGGGGAGGCCGUGAGCGGCACCGCUCGAACCACUGCCCUGGAGGGGCCGGAGCUGACCAUCCGGAACACCACGUCCCACAGCCUCCUGGUGGCCUGGCAGAGCGUGCCAGGGGCCACUGGCUACCGUGUGACAUGGCAGGUCCUCCAUGGCGGGCCCACGCAGCAGCAGGAGCUGGGCCCAGGGCAGCAGUCCAUGUUGCUGCAUGACCUAGAGCCCAGCACGGACUACGAGGUGACCGUGAGUGCCCUACUGGGCCGCAGCGUGGGGUCUGCAGCCUCCCUGACUGCCCGCACUGACAGUGCUGUCGAGCAGACCCUGCACCCAGUUAUCCUGAGCCCUACAUCCAUCCUCCUUUCCUGGAACUUGGUGCCUGAGGCCCGUGGCUACCGGCUGGAGUGGCAGCGUGAGAGCGGUGGGGAGGUGCCCCAGAAGGUGGUGCUGCCCUCCGAUGUGACCCGCUACAGGCUGGACGGGCUGCAGCCGGGCACCGAGUACCGCCUCACCCUCUACACCCUGCUGGAGGGCCGUGAGGUGGCCACCCCCGCAGCUGUAGUCCCUACCGAGCCCGAGCUGACCGUGGGCCCUGUCACGGACCUGCAGGCAACUGAGCUGCUGGGGCAGCGCGUACGGGUGUCCUGGAGCCCUGUCCCCGGUGCCACUGAGUACCAUGUCACUGUGCGCAGCACCCAGGGGGUUGAGCGGACUCUGGUGCUCCCCGGGAGUCAGACGGCCUUUGACCUGGAUGACGUCCGGGCUGGACUGAGCUACACGGUGCGGGUGUCUGCCCGAGUGGGCCUCCGUGAGGGUGCUGCCAGCAUCCUCACUGUCCGCCGGGAACUGGAAGCCCCGCUUGCCAUUGCCGGGCUGAGGGUUGUGGCCUCAGAUGCUACACGAGUACGCGUGGCCUGGGAGCCUGUUCCUGGAGCCAGCGGAUUUCGGAUUAGCUGGAGGACAGGCAGUGGUCCGGAGUCCAGCCAGACGUUGCCCCCAGGAUCCACUGCUGUGGACAUCACGGGGCUGCGGCCUGGCACGUCCUACCAGGUGGCUGUGUCGGCACUGCGCGGCAGAGAGGAGGGCCCCCCCGCACUCACUGUGGCUUCCACUGACCCACUGGGUGCAGUGAGGACUGUCCAUGUGACUCAGACUGGCCGCUCAUCUGCCACCGUCGCCUGGAGCAAGGUUCCUGGUGCCACUGGAUACAGGGUCUCUUGGCACUCAGGCCAUGGCCCAGAGAAAUCCCAACUGGUUUCUGGGGAGGCCAUGGCGGCUGAGCUCGACGGACUGGAGCCAGAUACGGAGUACACAGUGCAUGUGCGGGCCCACGUGGCCGGUGUGGAUGGGACGCCUGCCUCUGUGGUUGUGCGGACAGACCCCGAGCCCGUGGGCAGUGUGUCGAAGCUGCAGAUCCUCAACGCUUCCAGUGAUGUUCUGCGGGUCACCUGGGUGGGGGUCGCCGGGGCCACAGCCUACAGACUGGCCUGGGGCCCGAGCGAGGGUGGCCCCACGAGACACCAGGUGCUCCCAGGAAGCACAGACUCUGCAGAAAUACGGGGCCUCCGAGGCGGAGUCAGCUACUCGGUGCGAGUGACAGCGCUGGUCGGAGACCGCGAGGGCGCCCCAGUCUCCAUUGUCGUCACGACGCGUAACCGCAGUUUCCCCUCAGGGCCGGCCCUGCGUGUUGUCCGGUGCGCUCCCACUCUGCCCUGCUCUUGCCAACCUUCGCUGCGCAGGAGGAGGUCGGGCAGAGGCUACCUCUGA